AUGGACGGGACCUACGACAAUGCCCUAAUGGGAAUUCUGCAACAAGAAGGGCAGUUGGGGCCUUUCUUGGAUGUUAUUAUGGGAUUCCUUUAUAGAAGAACAGAUUUUUAUCAUAUUUUACGGGACAAGUCUGACACAAAAGGAUUUCAUCCUGGAAUGGCAUUAAAUAUUCUCCUUAAAUCUUAUCGGAAAUUUGAGGACAAAGCAAGAAACAAUGAGAAUUCUUCCAACCCCAAAUUAUUGAUUGCCUCAAAAGCCAAUCAAUAUCAUGAAGAAAUGACAGAUGUAGAUAGCAAGUCACCAAAUAUAUGUGAUGCCGAAACUUGCAGAGAAAAGCCAAAAUUCCCUGAAAAAGAAAAAGUAGCUUCUAAAACAACAUCAGAAGAAGAAAAUAAUUCUACAGACAGUCAAGCAAAUACUAUUAAUCAAGGUCCCCCAAGCAAAACAUAUCAAGCUGACUCAGAAAGUUAUAAUGGAGCUGAGAGAGAAGGAUAUUCUUGGUCUCAGUCAAUCACAGAUUGUGACUUGAGAGUGCAGGUUCCUAAGAAUUUGGUAAAAGGAAAGCAAAUAAAAGUGGACAUAAAAAAGAAACACUUAAAGGUUUCAUAUAGAGCUGACAAUGGUGAAGAAAUCAUCUUCAUUGAUGAUGAUCUGAUGUGGGAAGUUCAAAAAGAUGAUUGUAUGUGGAGUCUCAUACCUGGAGAACAUAUCCAUUUGUAUCUUGAAAAAGUCCAAGAACGGUGGUGGGAUGCUGUCUUUAUAAAUGAGCCUAAAAUCAAUGUACGGGAAAUUGAUUGCUCACGUCCAAUGUCAGAUUUAAAAGAAGAUGAACAAAUGAAAAUACAAGAACUCAUGUAUAAUGAGCGACAAAAACGAUUGGGGCUGCCACAAUCCCAUGAAGAGAAAGCACAUAACUUGUUAAAGCAAGCAUGGGACGCCGAAGGUUCACCUUUUAAAGGACAAACAUUUGACACAAGCAAACUCAAAGUGGAUCCAAGUGGAGUUUUAAAUAUUAAUCCAUAA